AUGAGUAACAGUAAUUUUGUGGUGAAGAUUCAUGAUGCUUUGUUUAAGUCGUCUUUAGUUAGGAGUUUUAAGUUUGUUUUCGCAAAGAAAAUUGGUCAUUUAGAGAUUUUACAUGGUGAGAAGUGGGUUGUAUGGGGUCCCUCAAAGACAAAAAUGUUGAAUAUUCUUGGAAAUAAGUAUCUAUCUGUGCCUUCAUUGUCAAGAACGUAUGGAAAAAGCUUGAACGACGGGUCUGCUAAUUUGACUAUUGAACAAUUGGAAUUCAAAGGUGUCAUUCCUACAGCUCAUUUAGGCGCUAGAUAUGAAUAUUUUAAGGAUUCUUUCGAUCAAAAUUGUAAAAAAUAUAUAUUGGAUAAUGCAAUUGGGUCGAAUAGUGUAGCUUAUGAUGUUAAGACUUCAAAUCGCAAAAUUAAUAUGAAAUUAUAUCAUUAUUUAGUAGAAAAAUUGAAAUUAACUGAGUUACAAAGUCGUUGGACAAUGGGUUUGAGUAAUGGACAGAUGAGAAGAGCAAGGAUGGCACGUAGUUUAUUAAAAGAGCCAGAUCUACUAUUGAUCGAUGACCCAUUUUUAGGUCUAGAUCCUGUGACAAGUGAUACCAUAUCAAACUUUUUAAGAGACUUAGAUAGCAACAACAACAAUGCAAAUCGUUUCUUCACUUUUACUUCCACAGUAAUAGGUUUAAGAAUUCAGGAUCCGAUUCCUACCUGGUGUACACAUAUUUGUUAUGUCAACCAAGAUGGAGUUGAAUUCCAAGGCCCAAUCAACAAUUUCAAAGGAAAAAUCCAGGAGAUAAAAGAAUUACAUAAUAAACAAUUACUUGAGAAUGAUCGAUCUGUAUCCUUCAGAAAUGGGAUCAGUGCGAAGGACCUUAUUAAAGAUCAUUUUUAUAAGUCUUCAGAUCAUAAAAAAGAUAAUUCAAUUAGAAAUGUUUUUGAAUUGAAAGAUGUUGGGAUAAAAUAUAAAGGGGAGGCAGUUUUUACAGGAAUUAAUUGGAAAGUCGAAUCAGGAAGUAGAUGGCACUUACGCGGAGCGAACGGUACAGGUAAAUCGACACUUUUGGCAUUAAUCAUGGCAGAACAUCCACAAUCCUGGAAUUCAAAAGUUUUAGAUAACGGCAUUCCACGAAAGGUUGGUAAGUCUAACUAUUUUGAUAUAAAUUCUAGAAUUGGAUUCGCAUCACCAGAAUUACACGCUAUCGUUUCAAAGGAUUACGGAGAUAAACUGACUGUCACGGAGUUGAUUGCAACUGGCUUGCAUUAUGGAUCACCAAACAACUUUACCAAUAAUUUGAAUAAGAUAAUUACUAUUGAACGAUCAAGAAUCGAUGCUUUUCUAAAAUACUUUAACCUAUUUGAUAUGAAAGAUAUACAAUUUAAUAAACUAUCCGUGACUAAUCAAAAGUUGGUACUAUUCAUUAGAAGCAUGAUUAGGCUUCCUGAACUUUUACUGUUAGAUGAAGCCUUUUCAGGUAUGGAUGCUGGCAUCAUUAGAAUAUGUCAUUUGUUUUUGAAGAAACAUUGGCCAGGGUCUAUCAUUACUAUAUCUCAUUUACAGCAAGAGACUUUAGAUUGUGAAAAUUACUUACAACUAAUAAAACGUGGCGAAUAUAUCAUCGGCAAAAAUAUAUAG